AACUAUUGACUUUGAAUCUUCCUCCUCCUUUCUUCUCCAUUAAUGCCGUCCUUAUAUGUAGCAUCCCUCACACUGCCAGUUCCUACACCCACAGGAUGGACAGCCUGAAAACAUCGCCGGAAAAAAUAGCCGGCGAUCCUCCGGCCAAGAAACCGGCCAGGAACAGAUAUGCUUUCGCAUGCGCCAUCCUCGCCUCCAUGACCUCCGUCCUCCUCGGCUACGACAUCGCCGUGAUGAGCGGCGCCUCCAUCUUCAUCAAAGACGACCUCCACAUCAGCGACACUAAGCUCGAAAUAAUCGCCGGAAUCAUAAACAUCUACUCCCUGCUCGGCUCCCUCGCCGCCGGCCGGACCUCCGACUGGAUCGGCAGGCGCUACACUAUGGUCUUGGCAGCCGCAAUCUUCUUCGUCGGCGCAGUCCUCAUGGGCCUCGCAACAAACUACGCCUUCCUCAUGUCCGGCCGCUUCGUCGCCGGAAUCGGCGUUGGCUACGCCCUCAUGAUCGCUCCCGUCUACACCGCAGAGGUGGCUCCCGCCGCCGCCCGCGGUUUCCUCACCUCCUUCCCCGAAGUCUUCAUCAACUCCGGCAUCCUCCUCGGCUACAUCUCCAACUUCGCCUUCGCCGGCCUCCCAAACCACAUCAAUUGGCGAGUCAUGUUCCUCGUGGGAGCGAUCCCGCCGGUCUUCCUCGCCGCCGGCGUACUUCUUUUGAUGCCUGAGUCGCCGCGGUGGCUGGUGAUGCAGGGCAGGCAUGCGGAGGCGGCCGCAGUUCUUGCGAGGACGUCCGAUUCACGGGAGGAAGCUGAGAUCCGGCUUGAGGAGAUAAAAAUGGCAGCGGGGGAUGAGGGGAGAAGUCACGGGGAGGGGGUAUGACUUCUUAUCCGGCCGACGCCGGUGGUCCGGCGAGUGCUGGUGGCGGCAAUCGGGCUGCAGUUCUUCCAGCAAGCAUCGGGGAUCGACUCCGUGGUGCUUUACAGCCCGAGAAUAUUCGAGAAGGCUGGGAUUAAAAGCAAGAAUCAGAAACUGGGAGCAACGGUAGCCGUCGGAUUUACGAAAACGAGCUUUAUACUGAUCGCCACUUUUCUGCUGGACAGAGUGGGGCGGAGGCCUCUGCUUUUGGGGAGUGCAGGGGGGAUGAUAUUGUCACUCCUGACGCUGGGGUCGGCGCUGCUUGAGAUAGAGCGGAAGGGGGAAGGGAAGGUGUCGAAGGGCGUGGUGGGGGUGAGUAUAGCGACGGUGUUGUCGUUUGUGGGGUCGUUUUCUAUAGGAUUGGGGCCGAUAGCGUGGGUGUAUAGUUCGGAGAUAUUUCCGUUGAGGUUGAGGGCGCAGGGAGCGAGUUUGGGGACGGCGACGAAUAGGGUGAUUAGUGGGGUGGUGUCCAUGACGUUUUUAUCAUUGUACAAGGCGAUAAGUAUUGCGGGGAGUUUUUAUUUGUAUGCGGGAAUAGCGGCGUGCGGUUGGGUGUUUUUUUAUGUGUUUUUGCCGGAGACGAGGGGGAGGAGUUUGGAGGAUAUGGAGGAGGUGUUUGGAGGGAAGGGGAAGGGGAAGGGAAAGGGGAAGGAGGUGGAGGUCGCCGGAAGAGUUGCCGGCGGAGAGGAUAGGUCUAACAACGCUUGAUCUUAUAAGGUGACAGAGAAAAAUUUGUGUAUGUAAGAAGUAUACAAAGUUGUGUACAUUGGACGUUAUGCAUAAGAUAUUUGGGAGUUAUAGGUAGAUUAGAGAGAUGUUACAGGGGUAUAAUUUAUCUAUAACCUCUCAAUACCUUCUGAAUAAUCUCCAAUGCACGUA